UUAUAUGAAAUAUUUAGCUCAUAUACUUACCAGUAUUUAUGAGUACGUUUAGGCCGAAUAAUGAUUGGAAAAGUCUAUUUUUAAAACACCCAAAACGCGUUAGCUUUUUACUUGUUCAGGUUGUAUUUGGCUUCGUAAACUUUCAUUUGAAAAAUGUCUUUUCAAGAAGGUAUUCACACUCUUGGAAAUAUGCUUUAAUUCUGCUCAUGGUGGGCUUUUCCAUAUGUCGUUAUUACUACGCUAUGUAAUUAUCUUUAGUCUUUUUUUUUAUUGUACGAGCACAGAGGACACAAGUUCCCACCAAUCUUCCUAAGUCGCUGUUAUCAUAAUAACGUGAAGCCUAAACCUCGGCUUUGUUUCAGUGUUUACAUCUGCUUUCCUGUGUUUACAGGCUACUGUUUUAAAAAUGUUUAUGCCAAGAGCCCUGAAAGUGAAGAGGCCAACCCAGGGAUCGGGCCAAGUGUUGAAUAAGAAAAGCAAACUUGGUCAAGAGAAGACUGACAUAAAUAGUUCAGAGGCACCUGUUCAGAAAGAGGAAGCAUGUGAAGACCCCAAAACACAGGAUGAAACAAUAGAAGCUGUAGAAGAUUCUGCAUGUGUGACAGAGAUCUCAGUACAUGUCGAUGGACAGAAGUCAUCCUCAGAUGAUACAGAGGAAGAUGAUGAUGAGGAGGAGGAGGAACCAGUCAAAUCAUUCAAAAAGAGCCAGAGAUGGCCUGAGCCAGGAGAGCCUGUUUGUGUGAUGUGUGGUCGCUAUGGGGAAUACAUCUGUGACACCACUGACAACGAUGUUUGCAGUCUUGAAUGCAAAGCCAACCAUUUAGUGCAAAUGGGGUUGGGGACUGGGGCAGAUGCAUUUGAACGUAAAGACUUAAACAGAGAUGAAAGGACUCUUCAACAGCCAGCAGGUGACUCUGGUGGAGGGGGUGAAAAUGAAGCAGGAUAUUCCUACAGGGAGGAUCGGUUCAUAUCGGGUCUAACAGAUGAUCAGGUGCAGCGAAUCAAACAGGAACUGGGAAUUUCAACGCAGGGGAAAGAUGUCAGGAGACCUAUUGUUGAAUUUGAGCACUGUGGUUUCCCUACCACAUUAGGUGGCAACUUGAAAAAGGCUGGAUAUGAGGCGCCCACACCGGUCCAGAUGCAGAUGGUGCCUGUUGGUCUCACUGGGAGGGAUGUGAUUGCCAGCGCUGACACAGGAUCGGGGAAGACUAUAGCCUUUUUGCUACCAGUGGUAGUGAGGGCACUGGAGAAACCAGCUCAUGGUGUGUGCAGCCCAGUGGCUGUGAUCCUGACCCCCACCAGAGAGUUGGCCAUUCAGAUAGAGAGACAGGCCAAGGAGCUGGUGAUGGGUAUCCCCAACAUGAGGACUGCACUGCUGGUGGGGGGCAUGCCGCUUCCCCCACAGCUCCACCGCCUCAAGAGCAGCAUCAAAAUUGUCAUCGCUACCCCCGGGCGGCUCAUCGAGAUCUUAAAGCAGAAGGCACUGCAGCUUGAUAAAGUGAAAGUUGUGGUGGUUGAUGAGGUUGACACUAUGUUGAAGAUGGGCUUCCAGCAGCAGGUGCUGGAGGUUCUUGAGCAAGUCCCAGAAGAACACCAGACUCUGCUGGCAUCAGCCACCAUUCCAAAAGGGACAGAGGAGCUAGCAGCUCGGCUGGUGCGUGAUCCUGUUCGUAUUGUUAUUGGUGAGAAGAACCAGCCCUGUGCCAACGUCAGACAGAUCCUGCUUUGGGUAGAGGAGCCCUCCAAGAAGAAGAAGCUGUUUGAGAUUCUCAAUGACAGUAAGCUGUACCAGCCCCCGGUGGUUGUGUUUGUGGACUGUAAACUGGGUGCUGAUCUGCUGUGCGAGGCGGUCGCCAAGGUGACAGGCCUCAAAGCUGUGGCAAUCCACUCUGACAAGAGCCAGUGGGAACGCAACCGCAUCCUCAGGGGUCUUCUGGAUGGAGACUUUGAAGUGGUGAUCAGUACCGGUGUGCUCGGAAGAGGACUGGACCUCGUCAAUGUCAGAUUGGUGGUUAACUUUGACAUGCCCAACACAAUGGAUGAGUACGUCCACCAGGUGGGCAGAGCUGGUCGGCUGGGACACAGGGGAACGGCCAUCACCUUCCUCAACAACAACAACAAACGACUCUUCCUGGAGGUGGUGAACAGGGUGAAACCCACAGGGUCUAUCCUGCCUCCCCAACUAUUAAACUCACCCCACCUUCAUGAACAGCAGAGGAGGGAAAGACAGAAAACCAAGACGGGACAUGGCGACAAACUAGUCACCCAGAACAACCUACUAGACAUCAUAAGAAAACAUGACCGUCGCAAGAAGUAGCAGGCUUGAAAUAUACUGGAGACCUGUCCAGGGUGUCCCCCAGGCGUAAACUAACCGUGACGUCACCCGUUGGUUUCAACGCCGAGAAAAUGAAGCCCGGAUUUUGCUACUUCCUGGUCGCCGUUUUGGAUUUUUUUGGAGCCAGUGACGUAAAAAGCGUCAUCAAACAGACUGGACUGGAGUGCAACUAGGGGCAGGAUUGGCUGAGGACUCUCUUGUCCCGCCCACGUUUUACCGCAGAGGCUUCUGUUGCUGUCUAUCAAGUAUAGCCACGCCCCCUGGCUCCGCCAACUUUAACGAUUUAUUUAAAAUUCAGUAUUGAUUUAUUUUAAGAUCGACCACCUGAUCUCUCAUUUUGACCAUGAAAACUAACGGGAAAAAAAUCCUGAGCUGUAGAAAAUCAGUCUAUCAAAUUUUAUUUUUUCCAAAAAUGAAUUGGGGUCUAUGGAGAAAAAGCUUUUUGGAGCCAACCCUAGCGGACGGCGGGAUAUUGCAAGUUUUUGACACUUCUGGGUGGGCUUCAAUUCUGGAGCCAGAUGCUACGUCCACUAUAUAUACAGUCUGUGGUGUCCCCUGAUACUUUGGCCCCAUCUUUCUGUUUUUCUGUAGAGAUUUGUCUUUCAGAAUCAAACUUCAUAACACAAUAUAUAUGUUUUUGCCAAAUAAA